AUGGAUGGGAACAAAGCACCCUGUCCGUAUUUUUAGGUGCGUCCCUUUCGAUUUCCUUUCUCCAAGGCCACAAAUAAUCAUAAUCUUUCGUCUCCAACGCCCAAUGCUUCUCCACCGAUGGACCUCUGUAGCAACCCCGCCGCCAACCUCACCGACGACCUAAUUAUCGAGAUCCUCUCUCUGCUCCCAGCCAAAUCGCUCUGCCGCUUCAAGUGCGUCUCCCGCCACUGGCGCGGCCUCAUCUCCGACCCCGCCCACCGCAAGAGGUUCCCCCAGACCCUCUCCGGCUUCUUCUUCAACCGCAUCGGGCACUCGGGCGUGGCUCCCUCUUUCGCCGGCUUCUCGGGGAACCAGCAAGACCAGCCCUUUUCCGAUCCAGCGCUGUCCUUCUCACGCGGCUACAAGCAUACCGUUCUCAAGGACCACUGCAAUGGUCUUCUCCUCUGCAACUGCUCGCAUGAGUAUCCGCCAGAAGAGUUCGAUCGAGUUGUGUACAAUCCCGCCACCGAGAAAUGGCGAGUAGUCCCCGGGUACAUGGAUCGCAAGGUGCCAGUGCACCUGUGUUUCGAUCCGGCCGUCUCCUCGCACUUCCACCUGGUUGCGCUGCUGCAGGAAGAUCGGGUUGGAUGCAUCACUGGUUUGGAGAUCUACUCGUCCCAGACCGGAGAGUGGAGCCAGAGGGAAACUGGUUGGGAUGAUGAAACUCAGAAGAUAGCUUCUGCAUCAGGAAGUGUCUUUCUCAAUGGCAUGCUGAAUUUGGUCACUGAUGAUCCUGCGGUAGUGGCCGUGGACAUGGAGGGGAAGACAUGGAGGACUAUCCCUAUCCGAUCGCUGAAGAACGUGGUUGCUGAAAUCUUUGCUUUUGGGAGUGAUGGUUUUAUUUCUCAAACUCAGGGACGCCUUUGUUAUGUCAGUUACACUAGGAAAAGGUAUCCAUCCAAUCUAUCUGUCUGGAUCCUGGAGGACUAUUGCCGCGGUGAAUGGGUCUUUAAGUACAGCAUCACCCCUUGUUCUUCUCAGCUUUCCACGAAGAAAGAUUUCAUUUUUCAGGACUACAAUGUGAUUGCUGUUCAUCCAGAGUGUUCACUGGUUUUCCUUUUCCUCAAGAGUGAGAAUGCGCUGGUUUCGUAUGACAAGGAUCGUGGUGAAGUUUCUGUUAUCCGCAAUCUUGAAUAUGAUUUCUGCGGGCCAUAUCUUCCAUAUGUACCCUUGUUCUCUGAGUCACCGGCUGAUCAGAACUAGAAGUGGUGUAUACCCUACAAAGUUUGAAGUGAAGAUGCCCAUUUACUACAUUGGAUGAGAGUGAAGCUCGGGUCGUGCGCUUGUUAACAAAUUGAGGCAUGAGACCUUGGUAAAUCUGCUUGAUCAUUUGACACUUUCUGUAAGCUUGUUGAUGUACUCUGGCUUGUUCUAGGAAAUAUUGAUUAGUCAAGAAGACUGCAAAAAUAUGAUUUUUAAAGAUAUAUGUUUAUCUGAUUCUACUCUUUUGCUUGUUUAUACUGUUCCUAAAUAUUUGCCUGCACCUACGAUACUUGUGAUCCAUGUGAGAGUACACGUUUCUUGUGCUUUCAGGAGGAGAUUACACAUGGAUUUUCUCUUUCUUCUUUUAUUCUAUCGCUCAGUUGGAAAAUGCAUGGUGCACUGCCUGAUUUUCUAUCUGGUUGAGCGCAAACAUAAAGCUUUGCACCAUUCAUUGCAAAUGUGAAUAGUUGAAGUUGAUUUUGACAGAUAUACUGCUGGAAGUUUCCAUCAGAGGCCAAAAUUCUCAUUCGCCUUGGAACAGGUAAUCAAGGAUAUCACAGUUCGGUUGUAAAUAGAUACGCUUAUUAUUUGUUCUCUCUAUUUACUCUCUGAAAACAGUACCCUGGUACUACAAGGGUGAACAAGUUUCACGCCCAUACUGCUUAAGUUAAGGUGAUCGCACAUUCAUGCUCCACUGUUUAUCCUUCAUGUACAUCCUAGAUCCUACAUUCUUAAAUAGGAUAAAUGCAUCCGACGUUGGCAGCGUCAUGUUCUGAUGAGUAUUAGGAGCUAUUCUCAGGAAGGAAAUUAAUGCUAGUUCAGUUCUGCACAAGCUCGAGUGAGUGAUCCUUGUAUCUUCGCCAUCUGAGUAGGUAA